ACGGCUCGACUCCUUCCUUUCCUGCCCAAUUCUCCGUACCACAACUAUCGAUCGCUCCCUUCUAGCCGUUGAGGACCUGACUGCUUCUGGAGCAAGUGAGCUCACAGAGGUAUUCAUCAUCCAGUCAGGCAGCCUUCGAUUCUCUGAGGAGCAUUGCUACGCUUGCCACGGCGCGAUACAACUGGCCAACAUCCAGCUCGAUCAAUCAGUCGGAGAUCUCGACGUAGCCAGCUCAUCCCUCCGAAGCGGCAUCACCCACCAUCCUGACUCACCACCGCAGCUUUCCCGACCCAUCGAAGCAAAAUGGCCAUUUCGAAGAAAGCCGGCAAGAAGAUCCUCGGCGCCUCGGGGGGUGGAGCAGCCGGUGGCUCCUCCUCCAAGGCUCCUCCGCCCAAGAAGGGUGGCAUUGCCAAGGCUGAUUGGCGAGAAGGUAUGAAGAAGCCACAGGCGGGCGUUUCAGAUAUGACACUUCUGAGUAAAGUGUCGAAUGAGGCAAUCAAUGAUAAUUUGGAAAAGAGGUUUGCGAAUGGGGAGAUUUAUACGUACAUCGGCAAUGUCCUCAUCUCCGUCAAUCCCUUCCGGGAUCUCGGCAUUUACACAGAGGAGGUCCUCCGGUCCUAUCAAGGCAAGAACCGACUCGAGAUGACUCCACACGUCUAUGCCAUUGCCGAAGGAGCCUGGAAGAACAUGACGGAUUAUGGACAGAACCAGUGUGUGAUCAUAUCGGGAGAGAGUGGAGCUGGUAAGACUGAGAAUGCAAAGAAGAUCAUGCAAUUCGUGGCAGCCGUAUCAGGCAGCACAGGAUCUGCACAGGCCGUCAAUGAGAUGGUCCUCGCGACCAAUCCUCUCCUCGAAUCAUUUGGAAACGCCAAGACGAUCAGGAACAACAACAGUUCUCGAUUCGGCAAGUACCUCGAGAUUGCCUUUGAUGGGCAUGGCCAGCCGGUCGGAUGUACUAUCACAUCCUUCCUGCUGGAGAAGAACCGAGUGGCUUCGCAAGGCCGGGAUGAGCGUAAUUUCCACAUCUUCUACCAGCUCGCAAAAGGCGCCACAGCUGAGCAGAGGGAUACUUUUGGUGUUCAGGGGCCAGAGACGUACGCUUACACGAACCAGUGCCUGAAUGUGCCGGGCAUCGACGAUGUCGCCGACUACAAGGAAACCGUCGAGGCAAUGAGAGUCAUCGGACUCUCGGCGCAGGAGCAGAGUGAUAUCUGGCGCAUGAUCGCUGCCAUUCUCUGGUGUGGCAACAUUUCCUUUGUGGAGGACCAGCAGGGAAACGCCGCCAUCGCCGAUGAGGGAGUGACGGACUUCCUGGCCUACUUGUUGGAGGUGGACAGCACCUCGAUCAAGAAGGCGAUUACCGAGAGAAUCAUGGAGACGCAGAGAGGUGGGCGCAGGGGAUCGGUGUAUGAGGUCCCGCUCAAUAUCGCUCAAGCAUCCGGAGUCCGUGAUGCUCUUGCCAAGGGCAUCUACAACAACCUCUUCGAGUGGAUUAUCAAGAGGGUGAACGUCUCCAUGGAAGCCAAGGCUGCAUCAGACAAUGCGAUUGGAGUGCUGGAUAUCUACGGAUUUGAAAUCUUCGACCACAACUCCUUUGAGCAGCUCUGCAUCAACUUUGUCAACGAAAAGCUGCAGCAAAUUUUCAUUCGUCUUACCCUUCAGCAAGAACAGCAGGAGUACGACGAUGAAGGAAUCAAAUGGACACCGAUCACGUAUUUCAACAACAAGGUCGUGUGUGACCUGAUUGAGGAGAAGAGACCACCGGGUAUCUUUGCUGCUCUCAAUGAUGCCUGCGCUACAGCCCACGCUGACCCUUCGGCAGCCGAUGGCUCUUUCUCCCAGCGUCUUGGUGCCUUGUCAUCAAAUGCGCACUUCGACUCUCGAGGCAGCAAGUUCCUCGUCAAGCACUACGCUGGAGACGUGAUGUACACUGUUCAGGGCAUGACGGACAAGAACAAAGAUGCACUGCUCAAGGACAUUCUCAACCUCGUCGAUUCGUCGCAGAACCAAUUCUUGCACACCUUGUUCCCGGAUCGGCCUGACCCUGACAGCAAGAAGCGUCCUCCUACAGCUGGUGACCGUAUCAAGACAUCUGCUAAUUUGCUGGUGGACACUCUGAUGAAGGCGCAGCCAUCCUACAUCCGCUGUAUCAAGCCCAAUGAGAACAAGUCGUCUACCGAGUACGACAAGGGCGCUUGUACCCAUCAGGUCAAGUAUCUCGGUCUGCAGGAGAAUGUACGAAUUAGGCGUGCUGGAUUCGCCUAUAGGAACACCUUCGAUCGAGUCGUGCAGCGCUUCUACCUGCUCAGUCCCCACACCAGCUACGCUGGGGAGUACACGUGGACGGGUGAUGCCAGGAGUGCUUGUGAGCGUAUCUUGAACGACACGGGAAUCCCUAGGGAGGAAUGGCAGCUCGGUAGAACCAAGGCAUUCAUCAAGGCUCCCGAGACGAUCUUUGCCCUCGAGACGAUGAGGGAUCGCUACUGGCACAACAUGGCUGCCCGUAUCCAGCGCGCUUACAGAGCGUACUUGAGAUACAAGGACGAGUCGGCCAGGAGGAUCCAGGGCAUGUGGAUGCGGGAGAAGAAGGGCAUUGCGUUUGCCCAGCUGCGACAGUACGGUCAUGAUGUCCUGGCUGGAAGGAAGGAGAGGAGGAGAUAUUCUUUGCUUGGAUCUCGUCGAUUCCUGGGAGACUAUCUGAACGUCAACGGCGCUUCGCCAGAAGGCGAGAUGUUGCGGAGGGUCUCCUCCAUGGCUUCUUCCGAGACGGCCGCAUUCAGCAGUCGCGUGCAGCUCUUGGUCUCCAGGCUGGGCCGCUCCAGCAAACCAUCGCCUCGCUUCCUCAUCUUGAGCGAAAAGGCGGUCUACAUCAUCGUCACCCAGCUGGUCAACAAGCAAGUGCAGACGGUCCUCGAGAGGAAGAUCAACAUCAAUGCGAUCAGCGCUGUUGGGGUCUCGUGCCUGCGUGACGAUUGGGUCGUGCUCAACGUCAAUGGAACUGAAGAGCCAGACCCAGUCUUCCACUGCUACUUCAAGACCGAGUUCAUCACGCAUCUUCUGCAGCGCUCGAAUGGCAGUGUAAGCCUGCGGGUGGACAACAACUUGCAAUUCAGGAAGAAGAAGGACAAGAUGGCCACGAUUACAUUCAAGAAGGACGAGAUGAUCAAGCCCGGAGAGGACGAUGUGUAUAAGAGCUCCACUGUCUCUGUGCCCAGUGGUGAGCCUCCCAACAGUCAAAGUCGACCUGCGCCAAGGAAGAAGCCGGGGCUCGUGCGACCGAUCACCCAAGGCAAAUUGUUGAGACCCGGAGGUCCCUCGAAGCCUCGCCCUGGCGCUCCCAGGGCCGUUGCUGCAAAGACACUGCCUGGCUCUGCGGCUGGUGGCAGAAAGACGACUGCAACUACGCCCGCUCCUCCUCCUGCCGCUGCAGGCAUUGCCAAUGCCACUCCUCUGUCUAAUCCAGCAGGUGGAGCAAAGAGAGCCUCGGCUGGCGGUGCAGCUCCUCCUCCUCCUCGUCCUCCCCCGGCUCCAGCAGCCGCGCCCGAAAAGCCUAUGUACAAGGCUCUGUACGACUUUGACAGUGCCAACGAGGGCGAGAUGGGUCUCACAAAGGACGAGUUGGUCGAGGUGACGCAGAAGGACGAUGCAGGUGGCUGGUGGCUGGUGAAGAAGGGAGACAUGGAAGGCUGGGCGCCUUCGACCUAUCUGGAACUCGUACCGCCGAAGCCAAGGGCGGCGCCUGCUCCGCCUCCAGCAGCCAAGAGGGCUCCUCCCCCACCAGCUGCUGCAAGCGCUAGUGCGGCCGCUCCCAAACCUUCUGGUGUAUCUGGAGCAGCCUCGCGUUUUGGCAAUGGCAACGGCAACGCCAACGGCAACGGUGUUCCAGCGCCUGCCCUCAACAGCAAGCCCAAGCCUGCCCCAGCCCCGACCCCAGCAGCAGCAGCAGCAGCAGCAAAGCCGAAGCCCUACGAGAGGCAAACGGCCAUGACUGCCGACCCGGACUCGGCGCCGCGUGCAGUCAUGCCAGGUAUGGGUGCUCCGGGCGGAUUUGCGGAGCUACUGGCAAAGAAGAAGGCCGAGAGGGCUGCUGCUGAGGGUGGUGGUGCGAGCGGUGGUGGUAGUGGAGCGAGUACACCCCCCACGGGAGGAGCUAAUGGCGGUGGUGGAAGAGGAGGACCUCCACCCAUUGCGCCUAAGCCACCUGGGAGGGGAACGGUCAACGGUAAGGCGCCGGCGCCGCCUCCUCCCAAGAGGUGAUGUGGAGAGUGUAUGGGAUAGGAUGGGAUAGGGUGGGGAAGAAGUGUGCGAUACGAAGAAAAGGGUUACGAUUGUGUGCGUUACUCGUGUUGCUAAUGAGACAAUAGACUUGGCAUGGAUACAUGUGAUAUGCUCUGUGCGACGAGAUGGAGUGCAGUACAUUUCGCCGCUGGCACAGGUGGAGCAGAGGAAACAAGAGGAAGCGUCAGUCUCGAGGUCAUCGUUACUCGUACCGGAUCUGAACAUCCCAGAAGCCUGGUAACUUUCCCGCUCCUUCUUUGUGCCCUCCAAGUCUCUCUCGCACUCGACUCAGCUUGCAAACUAAUAUAGACAGGUGCACA